AUGAGUUUACGUACCCGAGAAUCUCCAUUCUUCUUGGAGUACGUUAGAGGGGUAAAACCUGGUAACAAAAGAUCAAAGGACAACUCCACACAUUCAACACAUUCAGAGGACAAAUCCAGACAGUCCAAGGACAACUCCAAAGAGUCAGAGGACAAUAUCAGACUGUCCGAGUACAACUUCCGACAGUCCAAGGAUAACUCCAGACAGUCAGAGGACAACUCCAAAGAGUCAGAGGACAAUAUCAGACUGUCCGAGUACAACUCCAAACAGCCCAAGGAUAACUCCAGACAGUCAGAGGACAACUCCAAAGAGUCAGAGGACAAUUCCAAACAGUCAGAGGACAACUCCAAACAGUCAGAGGACAACUCCAAACAGUCAGAGGACAACUCCAAACAGUCAGAGGACAACUCCAAACAGUCAGAGGACAACUCCAAACAGCCCAAGGAUAACUCCAAACAGUCAGAGGACAACUCCAAAGAGUCAGAGGACAAUUCCAAACAGUCAGAGGACAACUCCAAAGAGUCAGAGGACAAUUCCAAACAGUCAGAGGACAACUCCAAACAGUCAGAGGACAACUCCAAACAACAGUCCAAGGACAACUCCAAAGAGUCAGAGGACAAUAUCAGACUGUCCGAGUACAACUUCCGACAGUCCAAGGAUAACUCCAGACAGUCAGAGGACAACUCCAAAGAGUCAGAGGACAAUAUCAGACUGUCCGAGUACAACUCCAAACAGCCCAAGGAUAACUCCAGACAGUCAGAGGACAACUCCAAACAGUCAGAGGACAACUCCAAAGAGUCAGAGGACAAUUCCAAACAGUCAGAGGACAACUCCAAACAGUCAGAGGACAACUCCAAACAGUCAGAGGACAACUCCAAACAGUCAGAGGACAACUCCAAACAGUCAGAGGACAACUCCAAACAGCCCAAGGAUAACUCCAAACAGUCAGAGGACAACUCCAAAGAGUCAGAGGACAAUUCCAAACAGUCAGAGGACAACUCCAAACAGUCAGAGGACAACUCCAAAGAGUCAGAGGACAACUCCAAAGAGUCAGAGGACAACUCCAAACAGUCAGAGGACAACUCCAAAGAGUCAGAGGACAAUUCCAAACAGUCAGAGGACAACUCCAAACAGUCAGAGGACAACUCCAAACAGUCAGAGGACAACUCCAAACAGUCAGAGGACAACUCCAAACAGUCAGAGGACAACUCCAAACAGUCAGAGGACAACUCCAAACAGUCAGAGGACAACUCCAAACAGUCAGAGGACAACUCCAGACAGUCAGAGGACAACUCCAAACAGUCAGAGGACAACUCCAAAGAGUCAGAGGACAAUUCCAAACAGUCAGAGGACAAUUCCAAACAGUCAGAGGACAACUCCAAAGAGUCAGAGGACAACUCCAAAGAGUCAGAGGACAACUCCAAACAGUCAGAGGACAACUCCAAAGAGUCAGAGGACAAUUCCAAACAGUCAGAGGACAACUCCAAACAGUCAGAGGACAACUCCAAACAGUCAGAGGACAACUCCAAACAGUCAGAGGACAACUCCAAACAGUCAGAGGACAACUCCAAACAGUCAGAGGACAACUCCAGACAGUCAGAGGACAACUCCAAACAGUCAGAGGACAACUCCAAAGAGUCAGAGGACAAUUCCAAACAGUCAGAGGACAACUCCAAAGAGUCAGAGGACAAUUCCAAACAGUCAGAGGACAACUCCAAACAGUCAGAGGACAACUCCAAACAGUCAGAGGACAACUCCAAACAGUCAGAGGACAACUCCAAAGAGUCAGAGGACAACUCCAAACAGUCAGAGGACAACUCCAAACAGUCAGAGGACAACUCCAAAGAGUCAGAGGACAACUCCAAACAGUCAGAGGACAACUCCAAAGAGUCAGAGGACAACUCCAAACAGCCCAAGGAUAACUCCAAACAGUCAGAGGACAACAGAGAAAACCGGUAUAAAACCUUUAUAACGUCUGACGUACAAAUAAAACGUUUUCUGCAAUAUUUAUCAAUAAGCUGA